AUGUUUACUUUGAAUUUAUAUUAGUUCACACAAACACUCCAUCCAUGCUUUUGUUCCGGCCCUCCGGUCCAGUUUAAGAACCCAUUGUGGCCCUCGAGUCAAAAAGUUUGCCCACCCCUGUUCUAGUGCCAUUGUGAACUCUAAAUGGAGGCAAGUUGUAACUUCUCAGAAUGGCCUAUUUCCUUCUCUGUAAAAGAAGUAGAAUUUGUGAUUAAUAAUUUCCUUUUCAAUUCUAAACAUUUGCUUUAAUAUGUAAUACAUUGUAUUUAUUGACAUCAAAAUACGUGAUUGGUCCUAAGGCAUAGAUGCUUUCAGGAUACUUUGUUAACCAACCAUAAAAAGGUGGCUUGAUGUGCCUUUGUCAUAUAUUUAGCCCUAGUUCUCCCAUGAUUCUUGAGUAUCUUAUAUAUUUCAUCAACAAAGCUCCAGUAGCUAUUGAUAAAAGGGGGCCUAUUGAUGUUUGCAGUUGAAAUGUUCGUUGUAGUAUAGUAGUAGUUGUAGUAAUUAUAAUUAGAACUAGAGGCCCAUUGCACAGAUUCGUGCACCAGUGGGGUCCCUCAGCCUGGCCUGUGCCCUCUCGCAGACCAACAUCCCCCAAGGGAUGUAGUAGUGUACGAAGUGGCAGGCCAGCACUGCACCGCUCCCGCUCAUCCUGGCCCUGCUGUGUCUGUUACCACUGCUGCUUGGUAGCUUGGUAGUGCUGCCACAGAGGCGGGAAAGGCUCAUGCCGCUGCAGCUGAGCUUGCCAGCCAUGAGCCUGGCCUCUGGCACCCCGUGGUCAGCUGAGCAGUGUGCCUGCUGUGGGAGCGCAGUGACCACCAGGGGGCAGCUCAUGCAUGGGGCGUCUGUCCCCUGGUGGUCUGUGCGCAUCAUAGCGACUGGUUGUUCAGUUGCUUAGGCUUUUAUAUCCUGUAUAAUAAAAGCCUAAUACGCAAAUCAACUGAACAGCGGAACGACUGGUGGAAUGACCGGUCGCUAUGACGAGCACUGACCACCAGGGAGUAGACACUCAACACAGGAGCUGUCCCCAGCCUGCAGGCCCUAGGCCAGGCAAAGCGGGUGCCAGCAGGGCCCCCCGUCGCCCCACAGAUCAGCCCUGAUCACCGGCCAGGCCUAGGGACCCUAUCCGUGAUGAAUUUUGUCCACCAGCCUCUAGUAUAUAGAUAAUAGCUAAUGUUUGUUAAUGUUUGCCAGGCACUAAAAGUACUUGACUGAUUUCACUUACUAAAUCCAUAUGACAGCUAAGAGUGAGACCCUGAAAAUUAUCUUCAUUUUCCAGAAAAGGAAACCAGAAUCCAAGGAAAAUGUCUAAAGAGUUAGAAGAAUUGGAUCUUCUGGAUACUCCUGUUGCAACAGAAGAAAGUGAUGAUCCUUAUGAGACGAUCAAGAUUCCAGUUAUCUCAGAAGAGCCUCCAGAGUCAGAUCAAACUGAAGACAAUGGGUCUGAGCAAGAAUUGUCUGGCGGUGUCCUGGAACGGCAAGCCAAGGAGCAGAGUGACCAGAGCUCUUCAAGCCUGGCAUCCAAUGAAGAGGUUACGACAUCGGGGCAAGUUUCAGAUUACAAUCUCACCGAAUCUGAUACAACCAGUCGGUAUUCCAAAGAUUAUCAGAUAUUGAUGGAUAAAAUAGAGGCUCUGAGAGGCUCUCUGAAAACAUCAGUGGUAGACCCUACAGCAACAGUAAAAGCUGUACUUCUUCCUGUGUGCCAGGAAGUGAUAAUGCCUUUUAAAAUUGACAGCAGUUUUAAAAACCUCAGGGACCAUUUUUCAUACAUAUUGAAUGUGCCAUCUGAUGUACUACAGUUAAGAUGUGCAGGAAAUAUUCUUAAAAAUCAUGAGACUCUACUAAAAUAUGGAGUUAAGCCACAGGAUAUUGUACAAGUGGAUAUCUAUUCCACACUUCCAGAUCUGUAUCCAAUCAAAAGAUUACACAGAUUAAAUGCCUCUCAAAUCAUAAUUGUCAAAGUACAAACUGCCAUUGAUCAGUACCAGCAUGUAGCUGUUGAGAUGAUAAAAUCUGACUUUCACAAACCAUUUCUUGGUGGAUUCAGACAUAAACUAACGGGAAUAGAAUAUCACAAUGCUGGAACACAAACUGUACCUAAAAAGAUUCCUGAAAAAGACAAUAUAUUUUGUAGGGAUACCCAGACAGUUUUACUGAGAAAAAAGCUCCAACAAACUACAAAUACAACAUCCACACAGAUGACUAAAAUUGGUGUGUAUGUAUCAAAUAUGACUGAUAAACUGAUAACACCAGGAAAAUAUUUUACAGCAGAAGAAUACCAUGCUCGAAGAUUAAAUGCGGUAAUAGUGUUACAGACGUACUAUAGAAAAUGGCAUGCUAAAGUCUUUGUUGAUAAUUUAAGAAGACAAAAAAUGUUAAAGUUGAAGUGGAAAGAAGAGGAAGAACUAAGAAAGAUAAGAGAAAAAGAAGAAUGGAUGAAAAUGGACUAUCUCCGGAGGCAUAAUCCUAAAACAAAAGAAGAUUUUGAACUUCUUUAUAAUGCGCUAGAACUCUGGCGACAAGAACAACUGGAAUACAUUAACCAGACUUUCUGUGGCGCUGAGAGGAAAGUUGCUUUGUGCGAACUUCUGGAAAAAGAGACCCAGAUCAUUGCUUCCAUUGGGAGGUACAGACACAUCGCUUACCUGGCCAACCAGGAAGCCAUCAUACAAACUUUUUUGAAUAAGUGUUCAGCUCCGAAGACAUGGAGAAGAGCCGAUGGCAAAAUAAUUGAGAUGGAAACACAGUUCAUUAUCAGAGCCAGAGAGCUUCAAAACAUCUAUAAAUGCAUUAUGCUGAAAAAUCUCUCCCAAGAUGAGAGGCUGGACGUACUCUUAACACUUAAACAUACUGUGAAGGAACAUGAAUGUAAAUUGACUCAGGAAAUUCUAGAAUUGAUUGACAGAGAGGUUGACCUUAUGAUGAGAGGAGUCAAAAAUGAUAACCUUGAAGGACUCAGAAAAAGAAUUGCAACAUUGUUUUUUCAUUACAUCAAAACACCUUUGUUUAAUGCAGAAGUUGCAAGACACCUUAAGGUUCCUCCAGACCCACUGAAAUUUUAUAAGAAGAUUUACUUUUGCUACAGUUGCCAGCUCUACUUACCGUCUACGGAGUUCGCUAUCUCAUCCACUGCACACCGCAUAUACCGGUGUCGUAACUGUAUUAGCCUUGACAAUGAGACUCGACAACGGGAAUCAUUUUUGAAGUACAAAUAUUUACUUAAGCGGCUCUACUUUUCAGAAGUUAAUUAUGAAGAUGAUUCUAAAAUUGCUUUCCUGAUACAGCUGCAAGAUAUUCAGUACCUGGUAGAGAACAUCUGGGCGGCCCAGUCAGCACUCAGUGCCUGGAAUGACCUCAACGAUCUGGUCGUCGUCCGGUGGGACAAGGCCGUGGAGUGGUCCCCCUGGAACUGCAUUCUCCUCACCAAGGAUGAAGCUGCCGCUCACCUCAAGCUAACAAGUAUUGAAGCGGGAUAUGAACCCUUGUUCAUUCACAAGAUCAAACACAAGCAUAUCCUGGCUAAGAACUACUUUUCGCAGAUUCCAGUCCUGGCUUCAUUUAUAGUUGAUGAUCCCGAAAUAGGUGAAAUCAGACAGAAAUAUCAGGAAGACACAAGCCCUAAGAUUAUAGAGCCCCAGAUGCCCAGUCCUUAGAAGACCCAGGAGUACUUGUUUGAUGAUCAGCAUUUUGUCCACUGCAAAUAGAAUAAUACAGAGGUCACACCGUAUGGAAAUAGAAUUUGUUAAAUUGGUUUUAAUUGUUUUUCAAAUAAAAGUCUAUUGAAAUGUAAAA